AAGUCAAUCUUCUUCCGAAUGUCCUUGUUGUACUCAUAGUAUGUCAACCGGCAAACACAAUACCACUAGCGCAAACUUCUAUAUAAGCUUCAACUACCAACUAAUCGACCAUAUCAAUAACACAAAACUAUCACAAUGAUUCUCCAAUUAAACAGACUUGGGUUUUCCCACCAUAAUCACCAUCGCAAUAUGUCUGAAGCUUCUUUUGCUUCCCUUCAAGCUUUUCGAUUACAAGUGGCCGGAAACCUACACCGGGUAAUGGAAAGUUUCAUUCUUGGAUCAGGCGUCUUGUCCAUCAAAUGGAUCCACCAAUGUUUUCGGAUAUUACCCAUAUUGAACAAUGAGUUUGCUAAGCUAAUGGGGGAGAUAGAUUAUCCGGUGAGCAGUUGGGAAGCUUGUUCGAUUGAAGAGUAUCUUGAUUACACCAUUAGCAUGUUGGAACUGCUGAAUGCAAUCAGUUCUUCUCUUUCUCAUCUUAAUCAAGCUCGGGUGUCGCUCUCACAUGCUUUGAGCCUCAUGAAAAACUCUCCGGGUUUUGAUGUGGAACGGUUGAGAGAGAUUACAGUGCAUGAUUCGGUCAAGGGAAUCAAAGGGAGUGAAGGGAAUGGAGAAAGGAAUCGGAAUGAGAAAGAAUGGAUAUUUCAUGAAGGUAUGAUGGUUCUCAGGAGUACUGGAUUUUGGACUUGUGGGGUUGUGUUGUCGGGAUUAAAGAGUGAUGCUAGGCCGAUUAUGGAGAUUAUGGGAACUGGGAUGGUGGUGGAUUGUUCGUUGAUACGUUUCGAUUCCAUGUUUAGGAAGAAGAUUACCGAGGAAAGGGGAUUGGUAAAGGAAUUGGAAGAAGUGAAUGAGACUUUGCGUAUGAUUGUAUUAAAGGGUGUUGGUGAUUCCGAUGCUGUGAUUGAAUUGAAGAGAAGAUUGGAUGUGAUUGGGAAUGGAGUAAAGGGUUUAAAAGAAGAAGAAGAAGGUUUGUUUGCAGAGUUUAUGGCUGCAAGAAAUAAAGUGCUUGAGACACUUCGAGCGAAAAAUAAAUAACUAACAAUCACUUUUAUUUUCUUUUUGUAUAUAUUAAAUGUCAAAAAUCAUGUAUUUGGUCAGAAAAUGUUGUAACAAUAUCUUUAUUU